GAAUAGUGAUCAGUGCUGAACGUCAGGAGGGGCGGGGGGCAGGAAAGAGUAAACACUGUGUGCCCAGGGGCGUACAAGUGCACAUCUGUGAGAGUCUUCAGUGGGGUGGGGACCCAAAUGUUAAGAGCUCUGCGACUGAAGCCGUGCAAGCAGCUCAUCUCCCAGCUUAGCACCACUACUGCGUCCUCCCAUCAGCCAGAUGAAGACUGCCAGGGUGUACUUCAUCACCGUGCUGGCCAUGAUGACCGCCCUUGAAACAGCAUCAGAGGCCUCCCAAAUCAUGUUGACCCAGGAUCCGAGGCGGAAUCUCUUCACAGUGGGUGAAACCAUCAAAUUUAUUUGUCAAGUAAAUUCCUCAGAUGUAUCCUGGCAGUAUUCCUGGUCCAAAGUCAUCAACGGCAAGAAGAUUUCCCUGAAGACUGAAGAAACGCAAAACAGUAGUGUCUACACCAUCACACUGGUGACCUUGGCCGAUGCGGGACAGUAUGUCUGUGAAGCAACGCAAAGUAACGGGACCCACUCAGCUAAUGUCACAGUCCAAGUUGCAGAAGCAUUUAAAACAACUUUGAGCCGAGAUGUCGACGGCCUAGUUCUGAAUGGAGAAGCUGUUACCUUACAGUGUCUGGACCAUGCAAAUUAUUCCUCUGGAACCUAUUUGUUUUACUAUGGCCAGGACGGGCCAGAACACUUGAUUCAUAGCAGCAAAAGCUCAGACUACACCAUCAAUUGUGCUGAGAAAGUUAAUGAAGGCAAAUACUGGUGCCGCUCCCAAAGACAAGACUAUCCUUACUCUUCAGGCAUCAGCAAUUACAUUUUGCUGGAAGUCAACGAAAGACCACUUGUUACUUUCAAUGUGACUACGACUGAAACUGGAGAGAUCUAUGAAACAGAAUUUGUGACAAUGAAAUGCCAAAUUGGACUAGAAUAUCCCAAACAUAACUGGACGUACCGCAUCUACAGAGCUGAGAAGGAACUCUUCACUACUUCUAUUUGGGAAAAUUCUGUAAUGUUCUCAUUCCUAGCCAAUGUGUCUAAAUCUGGACAAUAUAUAUGUACAGUGGAGAGGACUAAUCAUAACACAUGUUUUAAAGCAAACGCCGUACUGGACUUAGAAAUACUCCCACUGCCUAAACCUGAAUUGUUCUAUCAGCAAACUGAAAACUCCCUUCAUCUGAGCUGCUCCAUUAAGGGAAAUGGUUGGAAAUAUUACUGGUACAAAAGCAAACAGAACAUAUCUGGUAGUGUUUGGCAAAGUACUGUUGAAGGGAAUAUAACUGUACCUGUGAACAGUGUGGACAAUGAGACUUACUUUUGGUGUCAGGGUCAAAUGAAGACCAAGCAGUCACUUUACUCAGAAUACAUUCAGCAUUUUCAGCCUUUUGUAAAUGAAGAAGAGGUCCAGAAGUCAUCUACGUUUCAUUCUCCUCCAGCAGACAGCUCUGAGGAUACCCAACAUCCACUCCCAACGUCCAUUUCCCCCAAACGUUCAGACCGCGAAAAGAGUGAAACUGAAGACAAAUCCCAACAGGCAUCCCAUUUGGGGAAAGGAAACCCUGCAGAAAAGAAAUCCAAAACCAAUGAGGACAAGACUCCAACAAGUAUGUGGCUCUGGAUUGCUGUGGGUAUUGGCUCAGCGUUGAUCAUUGUGGCCCUGGUAUCAGUAGCUCUGCUGAUCCCAAACAAGAGAUACUCAGUAACCAAGUCCAUCCACUUUCGGAGGCGAGGUGUGCAACUGAUCCGCUAUGAACAGCAGAUGGAUACUGGAAGUUCCAGGUCAAUUAACAAAACUUCUGUGUAACUGUACCCAAAAUGAACAUAAGUAACCUUUAAGGACAGAGCGUUUGUGGUAGAGAAAAGGUGUGGAAGAUGACUUGGUGGCACAAUGAGACGGCUGGUACACUGUGUGUUUCAGAGGCAGAGUCUCUUCUACAUUUCCUAAUUCAAGGCAUUGCUUCUUAAAACUAGACUGAACAGCUACUGUAUGAACACUAUAUAGUACUGUAUGUGUGAGAAUAAGUGUACGGUAUAGGAUAGUGAUGUGAUAUGCCGUCACUCUCACAUGGAUGAUGUCCUUCUUUUCUGUCUUUUGUUAAUGUAAUGGAUGUUAAAGCCUUCAUUAAUAUCAAGUGCCUCCACGAAUCCAUGAAACGUAUACAAGGCACCAGUCCAAUCUCUUUUUAAUAUGUUUUAUUUUAAAUAGAAGGAGCCUUAUUUUAUUAAAAUUAAAUAGUGAAAUAAAAAUUAUAAAAUUUUCCCACAUGUUGUGACACUGGGAGCUGCAGUCUUUUCUCACACUUAACAACUCAUUUGUACUGAGAGCUGAUUGGAGGCAGGCACACAUUCUGCCAUCUUAAUCUAAUUCAAGGCAGUGAUGGUAAGAGACCAUCCUGACAGCAGCAGUGGUCCAUUGCAGACAAAUCCCACAAAACAUUCUCUUGGUAAAAUCAUAGAAGCAUUACUUAAAAGUGUCCUUUUUAAAGGGUAAAGCGACGGCUAGCGUUGGUAUGUUCCUAAAGUUUGGUCUGCAUGAACGCAAUUACAUCUACAAAAAAAAUAGACUUUUUAAUGAUUCUAUAAUAUAGUACAAAAGAGGCAUAACAGCCCAUAAAAUGGCUAAGGCUUAGCAUCUCAGAAAGGGAGAGUAAAACCAAAAUAAUCCGUGGUUUAAAUUAUCAAAAAUAUUAAUAUUUAAUUUAUUAAAUUAAAUACAGAAAAUACAACAAUGCAAGACAAAGAAUCAAAAUUCCAAAAGAUAUCAAAAAAAAUGUAAAAAAUUAAAAAAGGCACUAAAUACAAAAUGAAACUAAAUAUAAAAAUAUCGGAAAGGAAUCCAAAAUCCAAGAUAAAACUGUUAGGAAAUUAGCCAGGGUUUCAAAACCUUGGCUCAAAUGUGUUUCUUUUUAUUUAAUUUUGUUUAUUUUUCUUUAAAUGUUGCUUUGUUAAUGAAUAUGUUUUUAUUUGUAUUUUAUUUUUAUUUUACAAAUAUUGUUUUGUUGCAUUGUGUUAAUAAUUAUGUAUUUAUUAGUCUUUUAUAUUAUGCCACUCGUCCUCUUUACGUUGAGCCUUAGGGGGCAGUGCCACCUGACACUCUACCUGUAAGGCUGCCUUUAGGCCUCUAAAAGUCGGAGUUAAACUUUUGUUGUAAAAGUCAUCUUUGGAUUUUGGAUUUCACUUUUUAAAUUUUUUUUAUAUUUAUUUAUUUUUAAUGAUUUUUGUGUAUGGUUACUGUUAAGGUUUGUCUUUUGGUAUAUAGUAUGUUAUUUUUGAUUUCUGUUUUGCUUUUGUCUUUAUCAUUGUUCUUCACUUUUAACAUUUUGUUUAAUAAAACUUUAAACAUAAA